GAGAUAACUUAUUUCGGGAUAACUUUUUCCCCCUCACUAGACAAGAUACCACUACUGAUUAGCCGCAAUUUGGAUAUAUACACACGCAGCUUUGUUACAAAACGGUGGGAACCAAAAAAUACCGCUAAUAUUCUCAUCCUCUCUUUUGUUCAUCUUCCCCAAUUUAUACUCCUCUGCCAUUAAUAUCACUCUCAAUUCUCUCAAAACUCCAAAUGGACGAACACGACGAUUUCUCCAUAGCCAAUUCACCUCCAUCAUCACUUAAACAAACACUCAGAAACUCCAUCUGUUUCUCCUGUUGUUUCCCUCACCGCCGUCCUCCUCCUCCGCCACCUCAGCAACCGCCGUCAUCCGAUCAAAAUCCGGCGUUGAUAUGGGUGAACAGUGAAGAAUCCAGUUUGAAAAAUAAGGUGUUGGAGAUUUUCAGCUUUUCGAAUAGGCAUAAAAGACACUCUUCGACUGAUCAGUUUCGUUAUGAUCCCUUGAGUUAUUCAUUGAAUUUUGAAGAUGGGUUUGAUGAUGAUGAACAAGAAGCAGCACCCUUGAGGAAUUUUUCUUCUAGACUUCCGAAUUCGCCACCGGCGAGAGGAGAAGUAGCUGCUGCUAGUUAAUAGUGGUGUCUGAGUCAGCUUUCAUGCACGCACCUUGAUUAAUUCCAUGCAGUAACGGUCAUCUCCCAUCAGCAACAGGUAUAACUGUUGCGUUAUUACAUACACUAGCUGUCAUUUCCCACCAGGGGCGGAUGAAUUUCAGUGAGGGUUCAGUAGUACAUAUACGGACUAGUCGAAGGGGUUGAACCUCUACUAUUUAUACAUAUAAAAAAAUUUUACCAUGUAAAAAUAGUAUAAUUUUCCGACGAAUGAACCCUUGGAUCCUAUGUAGAUUCCGCCACUGUUUCCCACCAGCAAAAGGGUUAACUGUUGCGUUAUUACAUACGGUAGCUGUCAUCUCUCACCAGCAACAGAUAUAGUUGUUGAGUUCCGUGACGAUCCGUUAAGUUAUUAGUUGAAUUUCGAGGAAGUAGCUUCUUGAUUACAGUUGGAGUUUUUGGUUUAUAGAUAUGGAAUUACAGUUGAGUUUGAUUCUGUACAUAGAAUCUUCUUGUUUUUUUUUUCUUACUCUUUACUUUCUUUGAUAAGUUCCUUAGCCUGUUAAAUAAAAUAAAUGUUAAUCUUAAAUUAAAUAAACAAGUAAAGAUCCUGUCUA